AAGGAAGCAUGCUUCUCCUGGAGACAAGUGGAGCACAGACUGAAAACACGCUCGGCGGUUUCCUUUCGUCCAUGAUGUUCGGAUACCAAACAUAACACAGGAGAAACGAGCGCGAAGCCAAGUCUCUGCCCUCUCUAUUCAUAUUUGAGUACACAGUCACUACGCACACGACCCUGCGACCGACGGCACACCCACCAUGUCCACUGUAGGCAAGCUUUCUCGUGAAGAGUUCCGGCGCCAAAAAGACCUCGAUGCCGCCCGCAAGGCUGGCACAGCGCCGGCUGAGGUGGACGAGGAGGGCAAUGCCAUCAAUCCGCACAUCCCUCAGUUCAUGGCACAGGCGCCAUGGUACCUCGAUUCCGGUCGUCCAUCCCUCAAGCAUCAGCGCAAGCCUGAGACAGGAGAAAAGACGCGUGUCGAGCUCGACGAGUGGUACGCCAGGGGCGAAAAAGCCGGGCCCGCCGCAACAAAGUACCGCAAGGGCGCGUGCGAGAACUGCGGUGCCAUGUCGCACAAGACCAAAGACUGCCUAGAGCGGCCGAGGAAGAAGGGUGCCAAGUGGACGGGCAAAGACAUUGCUGCCGAUGAGGUGGUGCGCGAUGUGAAGGGCUUGGACAAGGACUGGGAUGCCAAAAGGGAUCGAUGGAACGGGUACGAUCCGUCUAACCACAAGCGCGUCAUCGAGAGCUACAAUGCGAUCGAGGAAGCGCGGCGUAAGCUGCGAGAGGAGGAGAUUGACAAGCAGGGAUCGUCAACGAUGACGAUGAAAGACUCUGCAGAUCCUUCAGCAAACGCUGCUGCAGAGGCCAGCGCGCUGCACGCUGCGAAAAAGCUGGCCAGGAAAAGCAAAGCCAAGGACAAGGACAAACCCUCAGAUGACGACGACUUUGGUACAGACUCUUCGGACGAGCAGGACGAGGACAAGUACGCCGAGAAGGCCAACAUGGUUGGACAGAAGGUCGACACUGUCAAGCGUAUUUCUGUGCGCAAUCUGCGUAUUCGAGAGGACCGCGCCAAGUACCUCUACAACCUUAACCCGGAAUCCUCGUACUACGACCCAAAGACGCGCUCUAUGCGUGAGGCUCCGGAUCCCAACUUGCGGCCGGAAGACGCACACUACGCAGGUGAUAACUUCCACCGAGCCUCCGGUGACAGCGUGGCUAUGCAGAAGCUGCAGCUAUUCGCGUGGCAAGCCGAGUCGCACGGGAACGACCUGCACCUGCAAGCCAACCCAACGGUAAAUGAGCUGCAGUUCAAGCAGUUCCAAGAGCGUAAGGAAGACCUCAUUGAACGUAAUCGCAGCUCCAUCCUUGAGCGCUACGGCGGUGCGGAGCACUUUGAUAGCGUGCCCAAGGAGCUGCGCGACGGGCAGACAGAGAAUUAUGUCGAGUAUAGUCGGACAGGCCAGGUCGUCAAAGGGCAACAGAAGGCCAAGCCGAAGAGCAAGUAUGAGGAGGACGUCUUUGACCAGAAUCACACUGCCGUCUGGGGCAGCUGGUACGACCUUGUCAGUGGCCAGUGGGGCUACGGAUGCUGUCGCAGCACGAUGAAAGGCAGCUACUGCACAGGCAAGGCGGGUAUUGAGGCCACAAGGGCCAGCCAAGUAUUGGUAUCCAAGCCCGUCGCUUCCAGUUCUGCGCCAGUGAAGGUAAAGGCAGGGAGAUCAGGCCGGGAUUUCAGGAAAGAGAAAUCAAAUGGCAAGAGGAGAAAGCGAAGCCACGGUCGCAGCCGCAGCGCAAGCUUUUCGUCUUCGUCAAGUUACUCUUCCAGCGGCAGCAGCAGCGAAUCAGAACGCGAUGAUCACCGAGAUAGCAGUCGGCGUAGCAAGCGCCGACGUUCUACCUCUCACCAUAGCAGACAGCGGCGGCGCAGCGAUAGCUUCUCUUCCUCUUCGACCGGCAGCUAUUCCUCGGCCAGCGAAUCAGACGCAAGCGAUCGCCAUAAGCGCAGCAGUGGCAAGAAGCGCAAGACGGCAGAAAGCUUUGUCUCGCGCAAGCAUCUCGGCGAGGGUGAUGUGUCCGCCAAAAUGGACAAAGACAAGCUCAAAGAGGCGCUCAAAGUGGAGGAGCGGCGUCAGGCCGAGCUGCGGCGAGGCGCCGAAGCCAGCGCCACCAAGCCGGACUGGCUCAAGGAGGCAGAAGACAUCAACAAUCGCAAAGGUAGCAAAAAGGGGUUCAACAGUCUCAACGCGGACGAUGAAAACGUGACAGAGGAACAGCUUGAGGCUUUCAGAAUGAAAAGGCAGAUCUUCGACGAUCCGAUGGCCAACUUUAAAGAUAACGAUGAUGGAGUGUAGCUUGCACGGCGAACCUCGUAUGCAAUUUGCUUGGGUCGCCAGAAAAGCCAUAUUGAUGUGGCUGACAGAUAGAGUAAUUACAGCAUACGCUCAUAAAAAAGCAUGUACGCCUUGCUCUUGGCCA